GAUUGCUUUUGUUGGUUAAUAGACAUCGCUUGUCGGCAGUGCUGAGCGCGGCGGGAGCCGUAUUUUCCAAUUGCUGACAUAUCGUGACGAUACUUUCUAAGCACGCGGUAAUUGUCAACAAACAAAAGCGCACCGACAAUUUUUCAAAAAAUUCUUCGUCCGCUUCUUGAGCGCAGUAUGAGCACGGAAAUCAAAGAUCAAUCUCCUGAGUACCGUUUGUCUCCUGAGCAGAUAACCGAUAUUGUUGACGCUAAUCAAUCCGCAUCUAUGAACAUUAAUUGCUCCGUCGACUUUCAUAGUAGUUUCGGGGUGAGUUGUGAGCGCUUUUCGUGGCACGAGCACGUAUAUAGAAAAAUGAGUAAUAAACCUACGCCACAUUACAUUGAAAAUAUUUUAGGCUUGGGAAGUAUAAACUCUCAAUCGCAAACGCUAAAUACUCGGCAAAAUACUUACCCUAAUCGGUGUACUGUGAGUAAUUUGGAGAUAAAUGAACCCCUUAAUCUUUCGGUGAAAAGUGAACCCACAGUCAGGACGAAAUGUGCAAAAGAACCGACCACGAGAAAACGAAAAAAAGCUCGCGAAACCGUAGAACCCAAGGCAGAGCUACCUGAAGAGAAAACAGUUCUUCAUGUAGACAGCAGCUAUCCAAAAAUUGAUACAGCUCAACCAACAGUGGUAGACGACGUUUUCGAAAACAAAAAAGGAAAAAAGAAGGCUCGAACCACAUUUACCGGUCGGCAAAUCUUCGAAUUAGAAAAGCAAUUUGAACAGAAAAAGUACCUAAGCAGUAGCGAGCGAUCCGAAAUGGCCAAUCUUCUCAACGUUACAGAAACACAGGUUAAAAUAUGGUUUCAAAAUCGUCGGACAAAAUGGAAAAAAAUCGAUAAUAUAUCAAAUGCGGAAGCUGCAGAACACAAAACAGUUGGAUCGAAAGCGGAAGAUAGCCGUAGCAGCCAAACGCAUCAAAGAUCCAGUGGCAAUAGUCACAGUCAAAGUUCAAAUUCAAGCAUUGAAAGUGAUUCUAAAGGAUCAGCGAUUUCUUCAGCUGUUGCAGAACAUCACUCACAACCAACUUUUAAGGACAUUUUGCAAGACUUUUCAUCCGAACCGGGUCUGGAAGGGAUUGCGAGUAACGAAGAUAAAUUUGACAAACAAAUCGAUGAUGCCAAAGAUGUUCUCUUAAAUUUAAGUUUUAGCGGUUCGGAAGCUUCUCAGCCUCUUAUGUAAUUUUGUCGACCUGGGUCAGUCAUUUGGUAAUAAAGAGUUAUAUCAGCGAGUUGCUGGUUAUUGGCUGAUCAGUGAUUAUUUCCUUAAUGUACAUAGAAACCCUCUAAAACUUGCUGUGAAUAAAAUUAAUUGAAGCAUAGGUAUACUUUUUACCAAAAAUAACUAGACUUUUAGUCUGAAACAGGGUGUAGUUAAGCUUAUGACUUAUAUUUAUUUCAGUUGUAUAAACGCACGAAAAAAUCGCAGCCGUAGUGAUGGAUUUAGUAAUUACCCUAUACCGAGUAUGCAACAGCCAAUUUAAAUCAGAACCUUAAGCAUCCAGAAUAUUUUAUAUCGAAAGGAGUAUUUUUCCUGCAUCUACAUUCACUUUCCUCUUUCUGCCAACUUGAAUUGGCAGAAUUUAGUUACGCCAGUCAAUCAGUUUAAACCGAAAUUGUUGAAAAAAUAUUCCUUUUGCAGUAAUAUUAAUUAAUUUUAUAUUUGAUCGUGAUGUAAUGUGUUUCAAGUAUCGUGUUUAGUGUUAUUUCGCAAUAUACAGAUAUUUUAAUACUAUAA